AUGGAUAGGGUAAGUACCAUUCUUGAUGAAUACAAUAAUGAAUACUCUGAGAUCUGGGAAGGAGACCUAGGAACCGAGAACCUAGAUGAGCUGAACAGAUUAUAUCCUGGCUAUAGGGAAAUGAAACCCGAAGAUAUGGACUCCGAAAUAGACAUUCUCCGAAGGAAGGUAACGGGACCCGAGCAAUUGGAAGAGAAAGAAGAUAUUAGAAGAGAAAUUGAAUACGUCAGUCAGCUAAGAAGAAUGAAGACCUGGAAGAAUUCAGAAACCGAGGCCUAUCUAAACGCGACCCAUAGUACUCUCAAGGAAGAGGUAAAAACAUUAGUUGUACUCAGGAGAAUAGCUAAGGCUGAAGUUAGAAGGAAUGACUACUCGGGAAAAAUAGAUAGGCUGAAGGGUAUUAUAGAAAACCUAGGUUUCGAUCCUAAUGAGCCCGAAGAAGAGUUAGAAGCAGAGGAAGAAGAACGUAGGAAAGAAGAAGCCAGGCAGAAGGAGGAAGAAGAUCGUAGGAAGGCUGCUGAGUUAGAAAGUAAGAGGCUUGCAGAAGAAGCUGCCGAACAUCAGAGAAAAGUCGAGGCUGAACCCAAGAAGCCCAACAGAGGUAAGGAGACUGAGGAGCCUCUACGUGAGGCAGACACUGAAUGGCUAGAGGAUACUUUCAACUUUGAGAAUCUUCUAUUCCAGGUCGCAGAGGAUAGUAUCCCAGAAGAGGAUCAACCUAUAUUCAGCGGUGAUAGUACGGAAAUCAUGUUGAAGGGUGUUAGGGAAGAUCUUACGAGGUAUGAAAUGUUCAAAUCAUGGGUUGAAGAUAACUUCGGAUUUGUGCUUGCAGGUAUUAUAGUAUCAGUUGCUGCUCUCCUUACAGCUAUUAUCAUACAGACUAGAAAACUAUCCUCAAUGGCAGCAGACUCUACGCACGGAGGUGGAGGUCCUUCACCGUUGCCAUUUCCACUUCCUGAUAUAGUAAGCAAACUUAUUAAAUUUAUAUCAUCAAACUUAUGGGUGGUAGCUGUAGGUAUCGGAAUAAUUUUACUUUACAUGAACAGCUAA